AUGUCCAGCUUUAUCAAACUCGAUAGCACCAAUCUGGUACAGGAUGGAACCAACUCAACCUGGAAAUACUCUUUUCCCGGAUCGGCCGCUGACUUCCGCGAUGUAGUAUGUGCUAUUCAAUCGAUUUCAAUGUAUAACUCCGAGUAUAACAUUGAUUCGAUGCAAUUUCAGAACACAACCUUCAAAAUCGAAGUACCUACCGCUGCAACUACAUCGACAAUCAAUCUAAGCCUUCCUGAUGGAAUCUACUCCUACGACGAUAUCAAUCGAAGCAUUCAGACGGCUCUUGUCAAUGCUGGGGCCUAUCUCAUCGAUCCGUCUGGGAAUAAUACAUUCUACCUCAAAAUGAGUGCUAACAGCGUCUAUUACGCUUGUCAGCUUGAUUUCUCUCCUACACCUACAACGCUACCUACAGCUGGGGGUACAUGGACAAGACCUACCACAGGUCUAUAUUCCUCGGGCGGUAGUGGAUUGCCGACUACCACUCGUGUCCCUCGAUUGAUCAUCGAUAAUGCUGAAUUCGGAAAAGUAGUAGGAUUGACGCUUGGGUCAUAUCCUGCUUCUCCAGCUACUGUUGCAAGUGCUCAGCUCUCUGAUAUCAUUCCUCAGAUCCAUCCAACCAGUUCCUACAUCGUCCGUUGCGAUCUUAUCAAAAACGAAUACGUAGCCUCAGGCGAUAUUGUCAGCGCUUUUGAUAGAGGCGAUGCCGCUAUUGGAAAGGUCAUUUCAUACAAACCGAGUCAGUAUGCGUGGAUGAACUGUCAUAACGGAUCUCGUGCCAGUAUUACGCUAAGCAUAUACAAUCAAAAUGACAAGAAGGUCAUUUUCCGUGAUACUUCGGUAUCUAUUAUGCUCUUGAUCCGUCCAAAAAAAUAA